CAAUGUAAACAGAGAAAAUGUCUCCGCAUUACUUUGUUAUCACGUUGCUCACGUUGUUGUCAUAGAAACGUUGCCAAUUUCUUUAUUGUCACGAUGGAGCCGGCAGCAGCAGCAGCAGCAGGCGCUCGCAGCCAUGUGUCCAAGCGAUGAAGGACAAAGUUCAAUAAAUCUGCCCGAUCCCUUCGCCAGAAUGAUCAGGCGCACGUUCCUCGGGGCCCGACGUGCCCUCUCUCCCCGCGGCCUGCGCUUCGUGUCCGGCGGAGAGAUCAUCGAAGAUGUGUCAGAACGGGCAGCUCGUCCACAUCUCACAGAGCAGGCGUCUCUCUACGUGCACUGGCCUUACUGCCUCAGGAGAUGCUCCUACUGCAACUUCAACAAGUACAUACCAAGAGAGGACAACCAGCACGUCAUGGCGGCCUGUCUUCAGAGGGAGGCGGAGACCUUGCUGCAGCUCAGUCAGGUGUCCCGCAUCACCUCUGUGUUUUUCGGCGGCGGGACUCCAAGUCUGGCGCGCCCGUCGACCAUCGGCGCGAUCCUCGAAACUAUCUCCAGACGGGUGACUUUGUCCGAUAAGGCGGAGGUCACGCUGGAGGUCAACCCCACGCCGGCGGGAAUGUCAAAGAUGGAGGAUUACUGCCGUGCCGGGGUGAACCGAUUCUCCAUUGGGGUCCAGUCUUUGCAAGACGACGACUUGAAAAUCCUGGGAAGAGACCACAGUUCUCAUCAGGCGCUACAAACUAUAGAGGAGGCCCAGAGGCUGUGCCCGGGGAGGGUGUCGGUAGACGUCAUGUUCGGGCGCCCCAGACAGAGCGCUGAAACCUGGGAGAAAGAGUUGUCCGAGCUGCUGAGGGUGUGCGACGACCACGUGUCUCUGUACCAGCUGACCCUGGAGCGGGGCACCCAGCUGUUCAAACUGGUGCAACAAGGGGAAGCGACUGUGCCGGCUGACGAUGUGAUGGCGAAGAUGUACCGGCGUGCCAGGAGGACUCUUCACCAGAGCGGCUUUCUGCAGUACGAAGUGUCCAACUUCGCAAGAAAUAAUGCGGUGAGUCAUCACAAUACGAGCUACUGGAAGGGAACACAAUACAUCGGUGUUGGCCCAGGAGCACACGGGCGGUUUGUUCCUUUGGGGGCGGGAGCCGUUGCCCGGGAGGCGCGGACCCAGACGCUGGAGCCUGACAUGUGGAUGCGUGAAGUCCGACAGAGGGGGCACGGGACGCGGAGGAGGGUUCAACUCGGCCGCCUCGAACUAUUGGAGGAGGUGCUGGUGAUGGGAAUGAGGAUGACGGAGGGCGUUAAUCACGAGCACUGGGAGUUGUUUAGUCCUCAGCUGGGCCUCCAUGAAGUCUUUGGUACGUCCACCGAGGUUCAAGAGCUGCUGCAGAGUGGACUGCUGAUUCUUGAUGACAGAGGUCUGCGCUGCUCCUGGGACGGACUGGCCUUACUGGACAGCCUGCUGCCAGCUCUCCUGGUGGAGCUGGAAGCGCAAAUCCUCCCGAGGCCACACAGGGACCACGGUGCUGACGGGCAAACACAGAAGACCUCAAACCCACGAUGACAGUAAUGUUAGUAGAGGAGCAGAUAACUUUGGAGAAAGCCUGUUCGUGGGUUAAAAUGGCAGGAUGUGAAAGAAAUACAUAUAUUAAAAAAACAGGCUAAUAUUGCUCGGUCAAAACCUGUCUAAUUUAAGUUAAAUGCUGCAAUAUUUAAUUUCCUUAUGUAAGGUAUUUUCUUCGCUUUGUUGCUUUAUUGUUUAGUUGACAAUUCAACCCAAGAUUAUGGCUGAAACAUUUCUCAUCAAGCCAUUUUACUGUCAUCUAAACAUAAUUGUUUACUCUCGUGGUGCAUAUGACUGAGCUGAUAUGAAUCUCUGCUCAUUCUUCUGUGUCAGUCUGUAUUGAGAACGGAUUGUGUAAAUAAAUACACCUGCUGAGUGA